UCUCAAUCCCUAUGCAUUAAAAAGAUUACAAUUUGUCUUUGACACGUCGUCUUCUGUCAACUCAACUUAUUCCUGUCAGUUUGUCAAUUUUCAUUGUUUUUGUGAACAGAAGUUGAAAUGGGUUUAAUGUGUUUAUACAAUUAGAAUUCACGAAAAAUGGGUAACGCUGACACAAAAUUGAACUUUAGAAAAGCUGUUGUUCAGCUUACGUCAAAAACACAGCCAAUUGACUCUGGGGACGAUAGUUUUUGGGACCAAUUCUGGUCAGAGAGCGUGACCAAUGUUCAGGAUGUUUUCGCACUGGUGCCUGGUGCAGAGAUCCGUGCUCUACGAGAAGAAUCUCCUAACAAUCUCGCGACACUAGUAUAUAAGGCUGUAGAAAAACUGGUGAAGAUGGUGGACAGCAGCUGCAGGACUCAGAGGGAACAGCAGACAGCAUUAAACUGCGCUCGUCUCCUCACAAGAGUGUUACCGUACAUGUUGGAGGAACCAGAAUGGCAUGGUUUCUUCUGGUCAUCAUUACCUGCAGCUGCGGAGAAUGAGUCAGUGCCAUUAGCCCAGUCACUUAUCAACGCUGUCUGUGAUCUACUAUUCUGCCCAGACUUCACGGUGACCACAACGAAGCGAGCAGGUCCUGAGCGUGCCGAAGAACUAUCUUCCUUAGAUAGUUGUGAGUAUAUUUGGGCCGGGGGCGUGGGGUUCGCGCGGUCUCCGGCGCGCGUGGCGGCGCAUGAAGCGGCGCGCACGGAGCUCCUCCGACUUAUGCUGACCUGCUUCAGCGAGACCAUCUACAAGCCCGCCUCACAUGCCGCCUCGCAUCACAAUAAGUGGAUCGCGUACCUGACCAGCCCGGACAAUCGUCACGCGCUGCCCCUAUUCACGUCGCUGGUCAACACGGUGUGUUCCUACGACCCUGUGGGGCUCGGCCUGCCGUACAACCAUCUCCUCUUCGCCGACACACUGGAGCCGCUUGUUGAGGUCGCUCUUCAAGUACUAAUCGUCACUCUGGACCAUGAUACAAGCAACGCUGUCAAUGAAGAGUCGGAUGAGACGCUACCAGACAACCUCUUCAUCAACUACCUGUCCCGCAUCCACCGUGAUGAAGACUUCCAGUUCAUUCUUCGAGGAGUGACCCGACUCCUCAACAACCCGUUAGCUCAGACAUACUUGCCAAACUCCGCUAAGAAGGUCAACCUGCAUCAGGAGUUGUUGGUGCUGUUCUGGAAGAUGUGUGACUAUAAUAAGAAAUUCAUGUACUACGUGCUAAAGAGCAGCGAUGUGCUAGAAGUGUUGGUGCCCAUACUGUAUCAUCUCAACGACUCACGCGCCGACCAAUCCCGCGUCGGUCUAAUGCACAUUGGCGUAUUCAUCCUGCUCCUUCUAUCCGGGGAGCGCAACCUGGGCGUCCGGCUGAACAAGCCGUACACGGCGACGGUUCCGAUGGACAUCCCGGUGUUCACGGGCUCCCACGCCGACCUGCUGGUCGUGGUCUUCCACAAGAUCAUCACGACUGGACAUCAGAGACUGCAGCCACUCUUCGAUUGUUUGCUUACUAUACUUGUCAAUGUGUCUCCGUACCUGAAGACGCUGUCGAUGGUGGCGUCGACCAAGUUGCUGCACCUGCUGGAGGCGUUCAGUACUCCCUGGUUCCUGUUCUCGCAGCCUCACCAUCACCAUCUCGUGUUCUUCCUGCUGGAGAUGUUCAAUAACAUGAUCCAGUACCAGUUUGAUGGUAACUCGAACCUGGUGUACACAAUAAUCCGCAAGCGCGCCGUGUUCCACAACCUGGCCAACUUGCCGCACGAACACUCCGCCAUCGCGCGCUCCCUCGCCGCCGGGCGGGCCAAGGGACAGCUGCACCAUAAGGUCGCGCUGCCCAGGUCUCGCAGCGCUGAGUCUGUAGCUGAGACCCCAAUGGAAGGGUCCCGGCCCGCCCAGCCAGCGGAGCCUGGCACACUCAACCCUACACUUGCUGAGACCCCUGCCAUCAGCACGAUGACAGAGCGCGAGUCGGCUCACCCGCCCCCGCAGCGGCUAGAGGGCGACACCAUCGAGUCGGCCGACGCCGCCAUGUCGGACGCGAGCGAAGCCACCAGCAUACCGCACGACGGGGACACUCGCGAGCCCAGGGACAGGCUGCUGCCGCAGCGGGCCGGACCUGACGGACAGGACAGGCCUGAUGACGCUGAUGCCGAGGAUGAUGGUGAUAAACGGACUGUGACACAUAGAAACAGCCUGCAAGUAGGCAGUGGAGGUCGCCGGCCACAGGAGGGCACGGAGUGGCGGCCCUCGGCGGAGUGGGUGUCUAGCUGGCGCGGCAAGUUGCCGCUGCAGACCAUCAUGCGUCUUCUGCAGGUUCUCGUGCCGCAAGUCGAGAAGAUCUGCAUCGACAAGGGGCUGACAGACGAGUCAGAGAUCCUCCGGUUUCUGCAGCACGGUACUCUGGUGGGUCUAUUGCCAGUGCCUCACCCCAUCCUCAUCCGCAAGUACCAAGCCAACGCCGGCACUGCGGCCUGGUUCCGCACGUAUCUGUGGGGUGUCAUCUAUAUACGCAACGUGGACCCGCCGAUAUGGUACGACACAGAUGUGAAACUCUUCGAGAUACAACGGGUGUAAUCAUGACUUUAGCUUUCGUAGACACGAGUUGAUCUCCAUCGCUGUACU